UCUUUACUGUUUUUCUUAGUUUCUUUGACAUUCAUAUGAUCGAAUCAUAUAAAUUACAUAAAUGAAAAAAAACAUCAAUGGUGAUUGAAUUUUUUUUUGGGGUUUGAAUAUGAAGUAAUUUGCUCUAGUUAAUCUACUAAAUGAUUAGGUUGGGUGUACAAUACUAAAUAAUCAUCUUCUUCUGAAUAUUCAUAUACAAUAGUAGUUAUUGAGUAAUGUUUUACUGCAACGAGCAUCACGUGUUUGUUGAAAUGCCUGAAUGAAGUAAUGAUUUGUUUGUUAAGCGUUUGUCAGUGAGAAACUCUACUGCUGCGCAUAUUGAGUCAUAAGAUGCUUUUAAGAAGGAUUCCUGGGAGAUUAUCAUUUUCCAAAAGAUUAUUCUCCACAAAGAAUAACCAUGAUCUUGCUUCCUCCAUUGCUGAAUUCAAUAAGGAAUUGGAAGACAUUUUUGGUGAACCUCCAUCAUCAGGUCCAAUAGGUUCAGAAGCUAGUAAUCAUGAAUCUGCAAGUCCGGAAACUCAACUUUCAUCCUCUCCUCAAGAAUCUGAACAAUUAUGUAAAUUAACACACAUCGGUAAACAAGGCGAGGCACAGAUGGUGGAUGUCUCUCUAAAGGGAUCCACCAAGAGAACUGCCAUUGCUAGCUGCAAAGUGUUAUUGGGAAAGACGGUGUUUGAUUUGGUCUCAGCAAAUCAGUUAGCCAAGGGAGAUGUUCUCAGUGUGGCAAAAAUUGCAGGAUUAAUUGGGGCAAAGCAGACAAGCAACCUCAUCCCUCUUUGCCAUAACAUUAACCUGUCACAUGUGCACGUUGAUUUGGCUCUGAAUCAUGAUGAUUACAGUGUUGAUAUACUAGGGGAAGCCUCUACUACCGGAAAGACUGGUGUCGAGAUGGAAGCAAUGACCGCUGUCUCCAUCUCUGGAUUAACUGUUUAUGAUAUGUGCAAGGCUGCUUCAAAACAUAUUGAAAUCACUAAUGUGAGGCUCGAGAGUAAAACUGGUGGAAAGAGUGGUGAUUGGACCAGGAAGACGUAAUACGAUUGUACUAUCAAUUAUGAUUAGGUAAGUAAUACUGCUUUCAAAACAAUGUUAAAAGUGGUCACUUUUUGUGGUGCUUCUAUAGAAAGUUUGGUCUUUCCAUUUGUUGUUGUGUGCCUUCUUUUACCUCCUUUUCAAGGUCAUCAUUGAGAAAAUAUUGAACAAAGAAUAAAUCGAGUUACUGGAGAAUAUUUUCUUUCUUAGUUCAACUUUUUACAAUU